GACAUUGCUAAAUAUAUAAUCACAUGAAAAACAAUUAUUGUCAAAGUAAGACUAUGAUGGUAUAAAGUUCAACUCGUAUAAAUAUAGCUAAAAAUUUAAAACUUUUAAAGCUCAACAAGAUAUUAAAGCUCAAAAAAAUAUGAAUUUAAUAAUAAAUUCAUUUAGAUUUAUUAAAAUAUUCAUUUUAAUAUAUGUUAUUAUUAAUGUUAGUAUUAAUACAGAUGCAUCAUCACUACAACACUCCGAGUAUCGACAAUUGGAUAAUAUAAAUAAGGAAUCAUCAUCAUGUGUUUCUUGCAAUAUUGUCGCAAAUUCAAUUGAAAGUAUCAAAUCAUUAUUGAAUGAACUUGAAAGUGUUACUCAAAAAAAAUGCACUGGCUCAUCUAAAAAAUCUAGAGAUGGAAAAAUUUCGAUUGAAACAAGAUCAUGGCCACCUCCAGGUAAAUACAAUCGAAUGGUAUGGGGUAUACCAAAUAAAAGAAAACCAUCUUAUUUAGAAUCAUCAUUUUCUGAAGCAAGAGAUAAUGAUCAUCCUUAUUAUCGUUUAAAUUUACCACCAACAACACCACCACCAAGACCACGACCACCAUUAUUCAGACCAAAUGGUUACACGUGGAACGGUUAAAUUUUCCUCUCUCUCUUAACAAUUAUUAUUCUAAAAAACAUACGCUUUGCAUGUUAACAACAGCAACAACAAUAACAAUAUAUCUAUUAUUAUUAUUAUUAUCAUACAAUUAUCAUGAAAAUUUCAAUAAAAAUAUAUAAUAUUUUGAAAAUAAUAAUUUUUCCCAUAUAAUAAUUCUUUUCAUUGUGCGAUAUAUUUAAUUAAUAAAAAAAAUAUUAUAAAAGUUUGUUUAAAUUAUAUUUAUCUGUAUAAAUAAAAAAUAUAAACAUGCUAUUAAAUAUUUAUAUGCGAAUUUAAUUUUUUCAAUUUUUUCUUACACGCACAAUCUUUAUAUCUUCAAAUAAAAACAAUUGAUAUACAUUCAAUUAAAAAUCAAAUGAAAUAACAUAAAGUAUAUACUUGUUAAUAUUUUUAAUAUCAUUUUAUUAUUACAAUCGUAUAAAUAUAAGAGUAUAAAAUAUAUGAAAAAUAUAUGAAA